GCAUCCACAAAAGAUGCCUAUGAAAUGCUCAGGAUAAGAUUUUUUUAUUUUUUCUGAAAAUGAGAUAAACGUAGUGGUGGGGCGGAGACAGAGAACUCUUGAUAAAGGUAGUGGUUCUUGUUUUCCAUCUCAUCAGAAAGCUGACAGUCAAGAAACACAGAGCAGAAUAAUAAUGAUGAAGUUCAGCAGUGCUUUGAGUGUUGCUGCAGUCACACUUCUCUACAUAACAGGUUCACUCUGCCAGUUAGAUGUAUGUGGUCGAGCCCCUCUCAGUAACAGGAUUGUUGGAGGGGAGAAUGCGAAGGCAGGUGUUUGGCCGUGGCAGGUCAGCAUUCAUUUCACCUUUCUGGGCACGGACUACGGCCAUUUCUGUGGCGGGACUCUCAUCAAUAAAGACUGGGUGUUAUCUGCAGCGCACUGCUUCCAGUGGUUCAAUGCAUCUUACAUUGUGAUGUACUUUGGGCGUCUGAACCAGUCCGGCUCAAACCCUUAUGAGACAAACAGGACAGCGAGUCGAAACAUCAACCAUCCUAACUUUACCAUUUCUAAUCUUGACAAUGACAUAGCACUGAUCCAGCUCUCCUCCUCCGUGACUUUCUCUGAUUACAUUAAGCCGGUCUGUCUGGCAGCGGCUGCGAGUGUAUUUGGUGGAGGUACGGAGAGCUGGGUCACUGGAUGGGGAAGACUACAACCUAAUGGCACCCAGCUUCCUGACACACUGCAGGAGGUGAUGAUACCAGUUGUGAAUAACAGUGCCUGUGCUAAUGCUUAUGGAGGGGCCAACAUAAGCAUCACAAGCAAUAUGAUUUGUGCUGGAUUGUUAAAUCAAGGAGGAAAAGGUGCAUGUCAGGGAGACUCUGGAGGUCCAAUGGUCAGCAAGAAAGGCUCCCUGUGGAUUCAGUCUGGCAUUGUAAGUUUUGGUAUGGAAUGCGCUGACCCCACAUUUCCCACUGUGUUCGCCAGAGUCUCUCAGUUUCAGGACUGGAUCAAGUCUUUCACGGGCAGCAACCCGCCUGGAUUUGUUGAAUUCAGUCAAACAUCCAACUCCAACUUCGGAAGCGUCCCCAGCCUCCUCUUACUCCCCCUUUCUCUCACAGUCUCCCUCAUUUCUUUCUCCCUCUUUCUCUCUUCCUAAAGAGUAAUUGAACAGUAAUUCUCAGGUUUGUUUAAUGAAGAGGACAGCUGUGCUGUAAAUGCUCUGAUGGUCCAGGAGAAAAGCAAGAAACAUUGAGAAUAUUCUGCAUGUUACUUUAUUUGAACGCAUUUAAUUGUGUAGUUGGUGAUUCUGUAGUUACAUUAGCUGAUGCAUGUGAGCUAUUGCUAGCUAACUGUUAACUGCAAGAGAUUUACUUUUCACGGUGAAGGUAUUUGAUCAUAAUAAUAAAUGAAAAAGUGUUUUAAUCAUAAUAAUGAUCAAUGAUCAGGAUUUAGAUUAUUAUUGAAGAAGCUUUUUAAUUUGGGUAUUUUACUUUGAUUGUACAUCUUUUGUUUGGUAGCUGUCAUUCAUUUUUUUUUUAAAUAUUUUACAGUGUGGAGAAAAUCAUGUUGAUAUUUUCAUGCAUCCAUUUAAAUCAAGUAGCAAGCAAAAUACAAAAGAAGGAACUGAUUUGGGAAUUUUCUCUCACUGUCUCUCUCUUUUCAUACUGUCUUAAUAUUAAUUAAUAUUUUUGCAUACUGUAUAUAUUG